AAAAAAACAAGAAAUUAGGGUUUAUAUCUCAUAGAAACGAAUUAACAUAAAACAAUUAUUUAAGUUUCUUUAGAGAAUCAGGUCGUACAGAAGCCUGAUCUCUUGCUCUCGUUCUUCCCUUGAAUCUUCCAGUGCCAGGAUCAGUUAUUGUCAUGGCUUCGAGUAGUAGCAAGGAACUUCUGUCUGGUUCUUCAGACAACAAAAACGCUAAAUCUGAAACAUCCUCUCCGGAGAAUCCUCCUUCACAGGCAGCACCCCAAAGAACCAAUUCUCCUCCACGAGCAACACCUCAAAGAACUAAUUCUAUAUUUGAUGACCUGCCUCAGGACAAUCCUUUUGAUUUCUCAUCCAUGUCUGACAUUCUUAAUGAUCCUAGCAUCAAAGCAUUAGCUGAACAGAUAGCACAAGAUCCUUCAUUCAACCAGAUGGCUGAGCAGCUUCAACAAUUUCAGAGUCCACCAGCUCAAGAAGGAAUCCAGUUUGAUCCUCAACAAUACUUUUCCACCAUGCAACAAGUCAUGCAGAAUCCUCAUUUUAUGUCUAUGGCAGAGCGUCUUGGUAGCACAUUAAUGCAGGAUCCAUCUAUGUCUCGCAUGUUUGAGAGUUUUGCUAAUCCACCAGAUGGUGAUCAGCUUGAGGAAAGAAUGGCACAGAUUAAAGAGGAUCCUUCGUUGAAGCCUAUAUUGGAAGAGAUAGAGACUGGGGGUCUACCUUCCAUGAUGAAGUACUGGAAUGAUAAAGAAGUCUUACAGAAGUUAGGUAAAGCAAUGGGCCUUCCAAUUCCAGCUGAGGCAGCUACAUCUACUGACAAUGCUGGGGUUGAUGAUUCUGAAGAACCGGAUAAUGAGGAUGAAUCAGCUGUUCAUCAUACUGCUAGUACUGGUGAUGUUGAGGGAUUAAAAAAGGCGCUUGCAUCCGGUGCUGACAAGGAUGAAGUUGAUUCAGAAGGGAGGACGGCAUUGCAUUUUGCUAGUGGAUAUGGUGAGGUUGAAUGUGCUCAAGUCCUCCUGGAAGCUGGAGCGAAAGUGGAUGCUUUGGACAAAAAUAAGAACACCGCCCUUCACUACGCAGCUGGUUAUGGCCGGAAGGACUGUGUCGCCCUCCUCCUGGAAAACGGCGCUGCUGUUACUCUCACAAACAUGGAUGGAAAGACUCCCAUCGAUGUUGCCAAGCUAAACAACCAGAACGAGGUGCUGAAGUUGCUCGAAAAGGAUGCCUUUCUGUAAACUAUACAAAUCUGAUGACAUUCAUGCCUAAGUUACUGCAUCUUCUUGUGCGCAGUGCCUUGUGACAUGUAAGAACAAAUUUAUUUUUAUUUAGUGCAAGUAUAUCGUUAGGACUGGUGUUGUCUUCUUUUGCUGUCCAUUGGUUUGUUACAAUAAUUUUGUAGAACUUCUGAUUACAGUCAGGUAUAAUACCCUAUUUGUACAUUUGGUUUCUCCUUUUACUACAAGGUUUGUUUGUGUUAUAAUUUAGGAUA